CCUCCCUCCUCCAGCACCUGUGUCUGGUUGUCAGGUCAGUCAGAAGGUGACCAAGCUGCCUGCCGAACCCCGAUCUGGAACAAGAGCUCUGGACAGAGGCCCCCGACUCUGCCUGGGGGACCCCACAUGUCGCACCAGGAAAGGGAUGGAGGAGAGCUUUGAGACGUUUGAGGAAGAACUAUGGCCCCCAAGACCAGAAGCUCCGCCUAAAAAGCCUUUCAGACACAUACAGAGAGAAGAUAUGUAUGCUGCCAGGAAAAUGAAAGAGGAGAGCCCUCCACCAACCACACAGAUCCCCCAGAGUGUACCCAGACAGACCAGUAACCCCCCCACCAGAAGUAUGUCCCUGCGGAAGUCUCUGUCCAUUCAGAACCUGAGCCAGAUCGACACCCCCUGGGAAAACGUCACCCUCAACCGCUGCCUGUUUGUGGCCAUCUCCAUCCUGGUGCUCACCUCUGGCCUGCAGAGGCUGCACGAGGUGGUGCGUGGUCGACGCGGAGCGGAGGAGGAGGAGGUUGCGGGGCUGGCGGUCAGGCGCUCUGCCCUGAGGAUCAGAGCACCUCCUGAGCCAGAGCCGCCCCUCUGGGAGGUGCUGUUGUCAUGGCUGCCAGACCUCAGCGAUGACGACAACAGCGGGGGCGCCAAGACAACCCGCUCCAAGAGAGGGGGGGCUGAGAACCCCCCCCGACGGCGACAGAGGAACAGACCGGCCCCCGAGAAGAGUCUCACCAGAGAGGGGGGGGGCCGGCUGGCAGAGAGAAGAGCCAAGAGAGAGAGGGAUGAGGACACUACAGCCAAGAAGAAAGGAAAACGAGCCAAACUAAGAGAAGAAGAGGAGGAGGAAGAAGAGGUUGUGAUACCCAAGAAGAAGAAAUCCAAAGCCGGUAAAUUGUGAGGAUCUGACAUGGUGAACAGAAAGCUCUCUCUCAAUCUUAAGGAAGGAGUUUAGAGGUAGUUAUCGCUACAGAGGGUAGUUAGCUAUGUUCCUCACCAGAGGACGGUGUUCUGCAGUCCUCUCCAGAUCCAGGGCUGUGAUUGGUUCAGUCAGGAACAUUUGACUGAUAAACCAAUCCUGACAGCUCUCCUUGUCUGCUUCUUGUUGCAUUGAUCCACCUGUUUUAUAAAGGUUUUUUGUUUAUUUUUGCUCAGAUUACACUGUGGAGACAACAGCUAUGCUAUUCAUCGUGGUAUUGAUUAUUUCGAAGAGGGUCUCAGGAUAUAUGUGAAGUUAUUUGAUGAAUUAAUACUUGAAACAUCUGCACUGAUUCUGCUACACUAACCACCAGACAUGAAUAAAGCUGAAAGUGAGUGUGAAGCCA